UGUCAAAUUUACAAAUAUAAAACAACCUCUUUUUCUCCCCUUUUUCCUCAGAUUUUCGACAAAUCCUGCGUUAAAUUCAUGACCAGGAUUCUUUCGUCCUGAAGAAAGCAAUGGAACUUGUGGCAACAGAGGAAAAAAAGAAGAUUUUCCGAGCUAAGAAAACCAUGAAGAUGAGUGAUCGUCUGCAACUGGAAAGCCUUCACAGCACUUUACUGACAACAGCCCCGCGCUUGUCUAACCCAUCUCCGCCGCCAAUGGUGAACGGCACGCAUAAGGAGGAUGGACAAAAAGGAACUGAGAGAGAGCAAAACAACACGGUUGAUCGGAGCUCCCCUCGCACCGGGUCGCCUUCCACUCCAACACCGACGAGCUCUCCUGCACCGUUCCUGUCGCUUAAUUUAUCACCAUCCACCGCCUCUUCCCAAAGUCCCAACACUCCGGAAGAAGUGACUUCCCCGACUUCCCCGUUCCACUCUGAAUUUCCUGAUGUGAACAAGACAAAGGAAGUGGAAAAGAAAAUUUCUUCACCAUCCCAGUCAAAUGAGUCUGUUACAUCAGUGCCAAGUAAACCUAAUGCAAUUCCUGUGGAGGGAAAGAAGGAGAAACAGAGCCCAACAGAAGAGCCAGCUGAGGAUUCAGGAAAAGAUUUGGUUUUGUGUGCGCCUGUCCCCUCUGCAGUGUCUGAUUGUAUYGAACCAAUGGACACAGAAAGUGACACUACAAGCACUAAUGACUCCAUGGCUUCCACAUCUGCAGCGAAAGACGAAAAGCCUUCUUGUCCUGUUGUUGUGGCUACCAGUUCCUCCCUUUCUUCAACUUCUCCUCCAGCAUCUGAUAAAGAUCUGAAACAAACGGGGGAAAUCAAAGAUGAAGUAAAAGAAGUAGACAACAAACCCAGUGUGGAGACAGGGUCAAAAUGUAAGGAAAAGACAGAAGUGUGCCAAAUAAAAUCAGAGGUCAAAAAGAAAAAGAAGGAAAACGGAGAAACUACAAAACCAAGUCGACCAUCAUCUACUCCACCUGAUGCAGAAAAAGAGAAGAGUUCGUCCUCAGGACUGAAGCGCACUUUAUCAGAGGGAAAUGAAAACGAUGAACCGACUGUAAAGAAAGAGGGGAAGAGACCCAAGGUGGAACAUGAGGAGCUGGAAGCCCAACUGGAACUUAAAAUCACAGCAAAAGCUGGCAAUAAACAUAAACUUGAAAAGAUGAUUCAACAAAUUGUGAGUGAGCGACUGAAGAUUUUGGAGCUGACAAUUUUUGACAAACAUUUCCAAGAGCUAAAAGACAGAGUAGACAAAAUUGAUUGUGCUAAUAAACAUCAAACAGCCAUCACUGCACUACAAUCAAAGAUUCAUCGGCUAACAAAGAAGUUUGGAGAGGCUAAUCAGGCAUCAGAAAACAAAAAGAAAGAGGAGGCACUUGCUGCUGCUGCUGCCACUGCUGCUGCCACUGCUGCUGCCACUGCUGCUACCACUGCUGCUAAGACUACAACAGUUACCAACAACCCCCAAGCUCAGCGGCCGGUCCAGACUUCCACUGAGGUUAAACAAUCUCCAACUGUUGCUUCUUCCAGCACAGCUGUUGCUCCGUUCCCAGAAUCUCUUCCAGCCUCUGCUGCAGCUCCAGUUCCGGCUCCAGCUCCUGCCCCAAUCGCAGCCCCAGCUUCCACCUCCACCACUAUAGUUCCCCAGACCUCUAUUCUCCAGCUCAUCACCUCUAACUCUAAUGCUGUCUCUUCGUUGGCUGCUGGGAUCACUACCCAGAGUCAACCAGGCACUCUCCUGCUGAAAACAACUCCCGGUACCGGCAUGAUGACUGCAGGCCAGCCACUCGUCAUUCAUCUGCCUCUGUCCAUAUCCAACGGCCAGACAGGGCUGGUCAACUUCCCUAUGUCCUCUUUGUCUGCAGCCAGCACACUAACCAAAUCCAAAACCACUCCAGCUACCACCACCUUUAUAAUCAAGUCUCCUCCCUCAACGAACACAGCAUCGGCCCCGACCUCAACUGUUGCCACGCUUCCAGCCAUCCAGGCCCCCGCUGGUCAGGUGUCUCCUGCCCAGAUCUCUCUAGCGCGAGGUGUGUACCAAGGAGGUGCAGGGAGAAUAACUACGCCUAAUGCUGGGGUAUCUGUGGCCACAGUGAGGGCACCAGCUCAGUCCGUCUCUGUUGCUGGUGCUUUAUCUUCAGCCUCUUCGCCUGCAACCUCUGUGCCAGCAGCUACAGGUUCCACUGCUCCAGGAACCCCACAGGGAACAUCUCUGACAUCCAAGACUGACAAUCAGGUCUCUAAAACAGCUUCAGGAUCUGGAUCAUCUGGAUCCUCUGGAUCGUCUGGAGUCACUACUGGAGUCAAUACUGGAGUCACUACUGGAAUCGCUCAACCUAAAGCGGCUGUACCACCAUCAAGACCCAAAGGCUCUGUCAUUGAUCUUACAGAGGAUGAUGAUGACGUGCAAGUGACAGGAGUGAAGAAAGCCACAGUUCCAAGUUCUUCCUCUGCUCCCCGACCCAACCCAGUCAUCAGCAUUCCCAACAGUACUGGAGCAAGGUCAUCUCCAAAAACCAAUCAGAAUCAGAACUCCAGCACUCCCCAGAUUACAGUACAUCACCGCCCCCCACAGGAGUCUCCACUCAAACCUCGUACUGUAACCACUUCAUUGUCAUCGCGGAGCUCCAACCCAGCUCUGCCCCCUCUCCCCCCGGCACCCGGAGUAUCCCGUUUGCCCCCGGAGGCCGAACAAACCUCACCCCCUCAGCAGCUCCAGCUGAAGCUGGUGCCGGGUCAGACCGGUAUCGUUCUGUCCUGGAGCGUUUCCGAAGUGGAUCGGACCUGCGCGGCCGUAGACAGCUAUCACCUCUAUGCCUUCCACCAAGACAACUCGAGCGGCAACGCGACGCAGCAGCACUGGAAGAAGAUAGGGGAGGUGAACGCCCUUCCCCUCCCCAUGGCCUGUACGCUGACCCAGUUCCAGUCUGGCUCCACAUACUAUUUUGCCGUUCGAGCCAAAGACAUUUAUGGACGCUUUGGCACCUUCUGUGAACCCCAGUGCACAAAUGUUAUCAGUUCCAGCUCUAGUUAAAUUACUCAAGAAACAUGGACUUUAUUUUUUAUUUCUUUUGCUUCGAUGAUUUUGUGUUUUAUUUCAAGAACUCAAACAUGGUGUGUGGAUCAGAUACAGUAUCUGUAAAUAUAUCUACAAAAAAAAAAAAACACACAUGAAAUUCUGAUUGACUUGGUGAGUUGAAGCAGUCAACAGUUGUUUUUCUCUGGUUUAUUGUACUUGGUGUAUUUUUAGUGACUUGAGCUGUUGUCUGUAACCCUGUAUUAUUUUUUCCCCUUUCCAAAGUGGGGUAUUUAUGUUGUUCACUCCUGUUAAUCAGACAUGAUCGUUAUUCUUUCUUUAAGGAGAAGUGAUUAUACAGUACAUGUAAACUCAAUUGCACAGAAAUGUAUACUUGUGUGUUAGAAGCAGAAUAACUUUUUUUAAGUUCUGUCUGGCAACCAGACUUUAACAAAAUAAAAGGUUUUAUUAAAGUA